AUGGUGAAAAUUCACGAGAAAAAAGAGGAGCGACAGUGCGACAGAUCUACAGACACCGAUGCGAAUCGAGGUGCAAUGCAGCCGAUGGAUUUUCACAUUGUGUUCAAUUCGCUACCAGUUUCUAAAGUCGAGACAUUCACAGUCAGUCCAAAGUUAACAGCAACUUUUGGACCGGAUGACCGCGACGCCUCUGCCGCAAUUCGUGCCCUUUUCCAGCCAACCGACCGAAUGGCUCAUGGGCAGAUUAUACAUGUGUAG